UCGACUGUCGCGACCGCGAGAAACGUGUGCAUGUGCGCGCGAUAGCACGUAUGUCGUAUAUAUGUAUUAUACACGCAGAGGUUGCACCUAUAUACAAAGUCCGAGUGUACAGUACGAAGUUCGAGUGAUGCGAGAUCAGCCGUAGCCGCAGUAUCAGUGUAGAUAGAGCCUAUAUGUAACAUCGUGGACGAGAAAGAGAGCUGCUUCGACGGUCCCGCCGCCUCUGACUUAGCCUUCUUUUUCUUUAAUCGAGAGCACAGACACUCUGCGCGCGAUAUGUGCUAAUUUGGAUUUCAUCAGUUCCUUAUUUGCUUCAUCCUUGAUUAGGCCGAUUUCGUGUGUAUGUUAGUGUGUCUCGAAGCAACUCUCUCCGGACAAGCAGUCUCAAAUGUGGAGCCGAGGCUAUUAUGUCAAAACAGAAACCACUGCCCUCAUGCUCGUUUCGCUCUUGUACUUUCCUGUGAGUGCACUUCAAUCAGUUCAGUCUGCGCAGAAAGAAAGAGAGGAAUAACAGAGACACGCGCCUGAUCUAGCUUCGAUUCGAACAGACAGCUCAGGACACUGAUAAAUAAUAAGUAUUGCUGCUGCUUGUACAGUAUACCAGAACCGAUUCGAAUAAAUGAAUCGGACCACCAGAUUUUUGGCACCGGCCUCACUAGCAAUAAGUGCCUAUUGUCCAAAGGCCCUUGUCCAGGCAAUUGUACCACAUCGCCACCUUAAUACUCUUGCAAAAGCAUCAUUUCUCUCCCAGAAAUCUUCUCUCGAAAGCUGUCCAAAACAAUCCUACAUGGAUAAGUUGGAUUGCAAACUCUCAAGUGAGACUUCGGACAUUGCAGCAAUGAAUGAUAAAGAGGAUAUCAGCUGUGCUCUACAGAGGAUGCAUGUCAGUGAAACUAUGUCUGAGAACAUAAACAGCCUAGAUAUCAAUCUCAACUCUGAUGGGGUGGACUCAAUAGAGAGAAGAUCUUCAAUAGACAGAAGCAAAUACAAAGAAAUGAGAACAUGGAAAAAAAUUGGAAAAGAAAAUAAAACUAUAAAUCCUGAAGAAUCAUUUACCUUCAAACUACUUUCAUUCAAUAUACUAGCUCAAGAUUUGCUAGAAACUCAUGCAUAUUUAUACAGAGAUCACAAUAGACAAGCUUUACCUUGGGAAAAAAGAAAACCACUUUUGGUACAAGAAAUACUGGAAUCAGAAGCUCAUGUGGUGUGUCUUCAGGAAAUGCAAGAAGAGCAUUUAAGAGACUUUUUGCUUCCAUUUCAAGAGAAUGGGUUCACCUACUUGUAUAAAAAACGCACUAACGAUAAAAAAGAUGGUUUACUUCUUAUGUACAGAGAGGACAUUUUUAAUUUAAUAGAAUUUUCUAAGCUUGAACUGUACCAGACAGGUGUUCCAUUACUCUGCCGUGACAACGUUGCUCUAAUUGCCAAAUUUUCUUUGAAAGAGAGUCCGGAAACGAAAUUUGUCAUUGCAACCACUCAUUUACUUUUUAACCCAAGACGCAACGACGUUAGAUUAGGCCAAGUGCAGCUACUUUUUGCAGAAAUAGAACGAAUAUCUUUUGUCGAAAAUACCUCUAUAGGUCCACGGUACCUUCCUAUUGUGCUAUCUGGUGAUUUCAAUCUUGAGCCCUAUAGUGGAGUGUACAAAUUCAUUACUGACGGUUCAAUAGAAUUUGUAGGCAAAGGAAGAAAUCUAGAACGAUGUGAUUACCGUUGCUUGACGAAUUCUUUAAUACCUCCACAUUUAUACGUAACGGAUGAGUGCCAACAUUUUAACGUAUUGUCAAAAAGAUUGUCUGGCAAAGGCAGCGGCAAAGUUAUGUUGAGAAACACCGAGAGAGAAGAAAACUUACAGGGCAACGACAGUCCGACAUCUAAUUCGGAAGUGACAGAUUUAGUUGACUUAGAGUCAACAACGUACCAAAAAGUAGAAAUAUCAGAUGGUCAUUAUGUUACAUUUUCCUCCGGAUUAUUAACGCACCCGUUUCAAUUCAAGAGCGUGUAUGGUCAUACGGAUAGCAAAGGGAAAAGUGAAGCGACUACAUUUCAAAAUCGAUGGAUAACGGUAGAUUAUAUAUUCUACAGUAAGAUGCAGCCACUAGAAUCGUACAGGUUACCAACAGCAGAGGAGUGUAAAGUAUUUUUUCCUACAAUACCAAACUCGGUUGUGGGAAGUGACCAUUUAUGUCUUGGGGCUAGUUUCCUGUUGAAAAAGAGAUAAAUUAUAACUUGAAAAUAUAAUUUUAUCUCUUUGUUUACCUUGCUGUAUAUACAAAUUAAGCUAUGACAGAAAAUACUUGCGGUCAUGUAAUUUUAUUAUUAUAACAUAUUUUUUCAAUAAAGUACAAAAAGUACAAAAAACGUGUA